AUGAUGGAAGCCAGCCUUGCUGUUUGGGAGUAUCUAUUUCCACAAACCAAGAUUCUAAAUCAAUCCAUACCAACUCAACACUUGGCUAAAGAGGAAAUGGCUAGACACAUACACAACAAAGACCAAAUAGUCUCCGCCAAAGUAGAUCACCUCCAA